CAUGCAUUCGACAUAUAAAACGUACUGAUAAGAGUAAAUGGGCCAUAGCACCAAAAUUCAAUUGACGCAGUCAAAGUUCAGUGUUGACCAUAAUGGAUGUUUCUAAAUUCAUGCUUAUUGGUUUGGUGCUGACCAUCUGUGCAUUAAUAUUUCAAGUCAUUGGAUUAGCGUCUCCGUAUUGGAUAUUCGCCGAAUCCGGAAGAAAUAAAGCAUACAGUGGCUUGUGGAAAUCGUGCUUAUCUUCUAAAGCGCUUGAUACGACUGUCUGCAAUGACUGGACCAACGUACAGGAUUGGUUUAAAGCGGUAAGGGCCACAAGCAUACUGGGAUUUAUUUCACUUUUGGUUGGUAUUGUAAUGAUACUUCUAAAAAUGUUUGUCGUGAAAGACAUGAAGCCAGUCUUGUGUGCGGCAAUAGGAGCUGCUUUCGUUGGUGCUCUUUUCAUAUUGAUUUCAAUUGCUGUGUACGCCUCUAAAGCGGACGAUUUGGUCAGAGGAACCUCAGUUGAUUACCAUUUUGCCUUUGCCUUCUGUAUAAUAUCGAUGCUAGCAGCACUUGUUGCGGGAGCCAUCAUGAUCGUGGAGGCGUUAAAAGCCUAAAAGUGUAUGGCUAAAUUAUUCAAAGAAGAUGGGGGAAUAAGAUGGCGCAAAUGUCCAUUCGAUUUAGUAGUAAAUUACAAUUUUGAAUUCAUUUUUCCCCAAAAAAUCAAUUCAAAUAUAUUAUAAUACAAGUUUGCAAAAGCACAAUUUCUAACUAUAUUCAGUAUUUAAUAUAUUUAACAAAAGAUAAAAAAAAAUAUUGCCAGAAUUUUUUCCGGUAUCGAACCCAUAAACAUAAAAACCCUAAAUAUAUAAGGUUAGCCUGUGUCAGGUACUCUAACCACUGAGCCAUUUCAGACACAACAAAGUAGGCUGUUUAAAUAUUAUGUGUUACUUUGACCACGAAUUUACGGACUUGUAUUAUUUUUUCAAACGUUCAAUUGUUGGGAUACAAAAUGAUUUUUUUAAUGUAAAGUGGGUCAUCUCUCCACGUUUUUGUUGAUUGAAAUCAGUUUGCUUUCAACUAGACCUUAUUUAGACCUUGAGAAAAAUAUGGAGCACAGACCCACUCUAUAAAAGAAAAUGCCUUGCAGUUCUAAAAACUGACAUUAUUUGUAGGUUUUGAUAGUACAAGACUGUUUGAGUCAAUAUACUCCAAGUAUUGAGCAUGUUUAUAGGUUAAAGGUUAACAAUCAAUGAUAUGUUAAAUGUAAGUUGUUUUAAAUGAUUUUUUUAAAAAUAUCAGAUUUAUUGCUAUUUUAAUUCUUCAGUAGCUUGUCCGACCGUGUAUGGGCAUUUUACACGCCUUAUCCACUCAUCUUCUUAUUAAUUAUUUCUUACUUUGUUAUAAUUAUGCCGCAUGGUGUUUGCUUAUUUCUAUAAUUUAUAAUCAUAUCUGAAGAAUCGAUUAAUACCAAACACGAACUAUUUAAUUCGUUAAAACCACACCAGUAACUACUGAUCCUUAUAAGCUAGAUUUACAUUUCUCAAAAUAUUAAAUUUCGUGUAAACGUUUGAAAACUCGCAAUAAAAAUAAUUUUUUCCCCAUGUUUAUUAAUGUGUUGGAAUUUACAUUGAAUUAUGUAAAAAAAAAAAAAUGGAACUGGUACUCUGUUUUUGUUCGUGAAUUGAUUUGUACAUGUAUGUUUUGGCUUUUAUGCAAACCAAAAAGAUAUGAAAUAAAAUAUGUUUGGAAUUACAAA